AAAAUGGGAAAUCGGGUCUUUUAGAUGGAGAGUCGCCCACCCGCUUCAAACGUGACUUAGUAGAGUACCUGUUAUCAUACAAAGCUCCAGAUCUUGUACGCUGGACACAUAUUAUUAUGAAGUACGACUUUAGUAGCUGCAAUGUGGUGUUUGUGGGUAGUACUCCUGGCUAUCACACAGGAGAGGACAAAGACCGCUGGGGACACAUGAAAGUUCGUAGGGCUAUACGACAGCAUGCAACCUCCUGGAAGUCAUCGUUACCAAUAAUUGCUCAGUGCUCCUCUAUAGGCAGCUUAGGAAAGGAUGCUAAAUCUUGGCUGAGUGGAGAACGGGGUUUAUGAGCCUUACUGGAGCAGUUUGCAGUUUGUGCCAGUCCUCCUCCAGUACAUGUUGUAUAUCCAAGUGAGGAUGACAUCUGUAACAGCAGCCAAGGAUGGAUGGGUGGAUCUUGUCUGCCAUAUAAUUCAGCUACACAUGAAAAGCAGACUUGGCUAGCACAACAUUUUCA